UGCCAGCCUAUCCUCCGAAAGGGAAGGACUAGCCUUUUCUAGACUUUCUUAUACCUUGAAAUGAAUUCUUUGCCCGUCCUAAGCUCUCUCUCUCAAUACGCUAGAUUUCUUACAAUUCUCCUCACGAUGAUGAGGUGGGAAACGCCACUCGAAUUUUCGCCAUGAUCAAGACUAUCGCCUCUUUUCCCAUACCUACGCUUUUCGACUUCUAAGAUUCUUACAUAAACUCCAUUGGUCUCGGAGUUCAAAAUGAUACCAAAGUCCGCAACUCUCAAUGUCAAAGCUCUGCAAUUCCUUCUCACCCAAAUUGGCUCCGCAACUACUGGGCGAAAGGACGUUUUGCUCUCUCGCCUGGAACAAAAUCUCAAGAGUUCUCGCUUCCCAUCAGCCUUCAAAGCUAGGGAGAGUACCAGAAUUCUAAGCAUUGACAUGGGUAUUAAAAAUCUCGCCUUCUGCGUUGCUGAUGUUAAGGCAAAGAUACCUGGUUCAAAGGCUGCUGAAGCGCAGAAUGUGUUUGGCAUGGAUAUGAGCAUAAUUGAGUGGCGGAGGCUCGAUGUUGCGGAAGAGGUAGCACGAUCGCAAUAUCGUGCCGUCUCUGAGACGGGUGCAGGGUUUGCGGGGGAAAAUGUAGAGGCGGCAGAUCCGUAUACCCCAGCAGCUUUAUCGCACACAGCCUACAAGCUUUUAAAGAAUACCCUUCUACCCUACAAUCCUGAUCUUCUCCUGAUUGAACGCCAACGAUGGCGCUCUGGUGGAGGGAGUGCGGUUCAGCAAUGGACUGUGAGAGUGAACACACUUGAGGGAAUGCUGUGGGCUAUUCUAACAGCUCUUCGAGAAGAAACACCAAGCCAAAGCUCAAAGACGAAAGAUGGCAACACUAUUCGGGGGGAAUAUGGAAUCUUCGGAGUAGAUCCAAAACGCGUCGGCAACUUCUGGGUCGGCAAGGACGUGAGAUCAAAUAUUCCCGAGAAGAGCAAAGAAACCGAACACGAACUGUUGCUUGGUCCAGACGGCGAAGUAGAAGACUUCCUCGGGGACCCAAAGAAAGCAGCUAAAACACCGGGUUUAAGUCGAGGCAAGGCGGAAAAGAAGGCAAGAAUCGAGCUCGUUAGGUCGUGGCUUACGUCCAACACAUCGAUGUCUACCACAUUAGGAGUUCAGAAUCCCAGUGCUUCACUCGAGUGCAGGCCCUUGAUAAGCUUUUCUUUCUCCCAGGACGCUGACUUGACGAGGCAAUUGCUUUGUGCCACAUCUUAUGCCAAGGAGAGGAAGAAGCGUUCUGUGGACGAUGUGUCGAAGUCGAAGAAACUAGAUGAUAUUACAGAUUGCUUCCUGCAAGCUGCAGCAUGGGUUGCUUGGGAGGAGAAUAGAAUCAUGAUUGCGCAGAGCUGGGACAGUAAGGAAGGUCCGCUGCCUACUCCAUCCAAAACGAAAGAGAAGGAAGGUGUUAAAAGCAAGCAUGCAAUGGCCAGGGCUAUUGGAAAAGUGAAAGGGGUAGAGAAGGCCACAGAAAAGGGAUCUCGGACAAACUCAACAAAGUGA